UAGCGAUCGAAUUAUAAACACUUCUACAAAACCCUAUUCCCUAAUUAAGUACGUAUAAUAAUUAACUAUUUAAAGUACUGCUCAUUAUGCAUUCAUAAAAAUGAUAAAAUAAAACCACCAAUCUCUCAUCUUGAAAAAGAAAAAGCUAGUAAUAUAAGGAAACAUUGUGUAUAUUUAUGGAGAUCAAUAAGAUUGAAAUUGUUAGAAGACAAACCAUAAAACCAUCUUAUCCAACUCCUCCUCACCAAAAACACUUCAAUCUCUCUUUUCUUGAUCAAAUUGCCCCAGCAAUAUACACUUCGAUCGUUCUUUUCUAUCCAAAGAAUUAUAACAAUCAUAUUGACCUCAUUGAUACAUCUUAUGAUCAUCAUGGCUACCUAAAGAAAACACUCUCAAAAAUCUUGGCUCGUAGCUUCUUUCCCCUAGCGGGUAGAAUUAAUAACAACACAACUAUUGAGUGCACAGACGAAGGCGUUCCGUUUUUCGAAGCCAAAUUCAAAGGCUCUCUCUCAACUUUCCUUGAGCAAAAAUCACACAAUAAUGUGGUUGAGUUACUCAAGCAAUUCCUUCCGGCUAAUAAUAUGGUAUCCAUUGAUCAGGCAACUAGUACUUGGCCUCUAUUGCUCGUUCAAGUGACUUCCUUUGAUUGUGGCGGCUUGGCCAUCGGUGUCUGCAUGUCGCAUAAGUUUGCAGAUGCAGCCACACUCAGCAUAUUCAUGAAAAGUUGGGCUAAAACCCCUGUCGAAGCAGCCAUCAGAGAUGGCUGCUGCGAUCAAGCAUUAGACCCGGAUUAUAGGGCUGCGUCCCUGUUUCCGGGUCGAGAUUUGUUGACAUUGCCGCCUGCUACGGAGUCUGAGUUGAAUAACACGGUAGAUAUUAUAACAAAAAGGUACGUGUUUGGUAAAACUAAAAUAGUUCAUCUUAAGGCCAAAGCCACUAAGGUUAAUAACCCUACUCGAGUUGAAGUUGUAACUGCAUUCGUUUGGAAUUGUGCCACAAAUGCAAAUAAGCGACAUAGGUUCUCAGUUUUGGCUCAGUGUGUGAAUCUACGAAAAAAGGUUGAGCCUCCUUUUCCAGACAACUUAGUUGGAAAUCUUGUUGGGUAUUUCUCAGUGAGUGUAGAUUGUAAAACUAAUGAUAAAGAUUAUAAUAAAUCAGAUCAAUUUUGUGAUUUGGUGGCUAAGUUGAGGAAAGGAAAUAUAGAAUAUAGUGAGAACGAAGCAAAAAAAUUGAGAGCAGGAAAGGAGGGGUUGGAGGUGUUAUCUCGGUGGUCUGAAGAAGGAGGAGAAUUGGUUAGAAAAGAUGAUGCGAAUGUUUUCAUUUGUUCGAGCUGGUGUAAUUUUGGAUUUUAUGAGAUUGAUUUUGGUUGGGGUAAGCCAAUUUGGGCGAGUAAUCCACCUUAUAUUUCUUAUGAAAAUAUAAUGACAUUGAUGGACACAAAAGAGGGGGAUGGAGUAGAGGUUUACCUGACUUUAAGUAAAGACAACAUGGCCUCCUUUGAGCGUGACCCUUAUAUUCAAUCAAUGAUCACUUCCUCAAUUUGAUUAAUAUGUAUACAAAAUACUAAGUAUGUAACUUUUGCCACGCUUUUUAAGUUACUAUAUUAUAUGUGUAGUCAAUGCAAUAAAAUCUAACUUAAUAAGUCCAAAUAUAUUAUAUUUUAAAUUUAAAUAUGUAAAGCUUUUCGAUGGUUUGUAAUUAAUUAUUUGAAUCUUAUUUACGUCAUUAAUUAUAAACUAUUCUUAAAAAUUUAACCUAUUUUUGUGUUGUGUCUGUAAGUUAUAAACUAGCACUUAAGGGUUUUUAUUUUUUAGUAGUUUUUAAGUGUUAGUUCAGUGGUAUUGGCCUAGGAUAAGCAACGGCCGGUCUCUUCUUAAUCAAGUUGACGAGGAUGGCGUCUAUGAUCUAACCAGGUACAUACCUAUCGUACGUUGAGUUAGAAAACUGCCAUUUUAGGCGCUGAUUGGAAGAAACAAACUGGCGUAAUAAUGCUGAAUUAGGGUGGCACAGGAGAAUAGUUCCCAAAAUCAACCUGACCUUGAAGAAAGAGAUACACGAGGCAAACCUUGUGACUUGCAAACCAGGGGGGAGGAGACAACCCAAAGGUAUCCCCAGAACUCUCAAGAGAGACAACCUGAGGAAAUUGAGAGAUACCUUGAAGGUGAGAUGCCCUAUAAUCAACCAAGAACCAAGAAACUGGAAAUUCCCCAUAGGAAUAAGGGAAAUCUGGGAACACAGCCUGGGAUACAUGGAUCAUCAGUCGGGGAUCGCCAACGUUCUCUCCAAGCUCAUAGGAAAGGAGCUCGCACAAAUCCCAAUAGGGGGAACGAGACGAAUCAAACCUUAGGAAGAAGAGCAGGACGUGAAGAGGCGAGGGCUACCGCGAGGUACAUGGUAACUCAUAAUUGAUCAAUGCGAGGAGAAGAGAAUGCUCGUUGCAGCGAUGAUCAAAAAGGAAAAAUACGGUUGUUGGAAUUUAUUUUACCAGGAUCUUAGAUCUACUCACAAGUAUGUUUAUUAACACCCUAAAUAAGAAAUUUCUAAAACGAUAAAUUAAACACAUAUAAAGUUUAAGAAAC